AUGACCUCCAAAGGACGCCUCGUAAAGCUCCCAACAAUACCGAACCGACCGGGCGGGCUGGCGGGGGGGGUUGGUCGGGCUGGCCGCCAAGGCCGGGUGGAGCUCGUGGUGGUGGCGGUUGCCCCCAGUGGGUUGGUGGGGGACGCGCGGGGACGAUCCGGAUCGGCCGCCGGCGCCCGCAGCCGGCCGCCAUCAGCGGAAGAGAAGGGGGGGGGGGCCCCACGGGCCAGGGCGCGGGUGGAAUGGGGCGCGCAAGCGGGAGCGACAAAAAGGCACAACAGGGGCACCCACACCAACAUGGUGGGCCAAGGCUGGGGGUGCCACCAGGGGUACAGAGCACGGACGGUCGGUCCGGUGCGUGGUGUGUGCGAGUGCCGCGACGGGGGGGGUGGGGGGGCGGUGCGUGGAAUGGGGUGGGGCCCGCCGGCGACGCCAACGGCCCGCGCGUCAGGGAAGCGGGAAGCCCAACCCAGGAGGGGCGGGGGGGGGGGGCAAAGGGGCCAGGGAAAAGGUCCAAAGGGGGCCAAACCAAGCAGGGGACAACAAGGGACAAGGCCACCUGCCGGCGACAAAGGGGGGAGACGGUACAGUGGGGGUGAUUGUGGGGGGUGGGUACUGGAGCCCACCGCAGGUGGGGUGGUAGUGGCGGCGAGGGGUGUGGGUACGAGUGGGUGGUAG